AUGACAGUGUUUCUCAAUAUAUGUUCACUACACUUUGUAGAUCAGUUCUCCACCCUGACUGAUGACGAGGUGUCCGUGUUAUUCUGUUUUCUGUGUUCUGACUCCGGCCCUCCUGACUUCACUGACACAGAGUGGCUGGACAUGCUUAAUGAGAUACGACGGACUGUGUACCGUAAAUAUAAUCCUGUAACACGUGAGGAAGCACAGCAGACUCUGGACAGACUGAAGUCACGUGAUUACCUUUGGGAAGAUCAGGAUAAGAUAACAGAGGACACAAAGGAUGAGACAAUGUAUAGGAUAGCAUCAAGAGACAGUGUUAUACCAUUCUAUUACAGUAGUUAUGACACAGCCAGUGUGUACCUGAGAUCGUACAGAUACAACAGAGAACCUGGAGAGAAGUGUGUCACUAGUCCUGGUUACUGUGAUGACUUACUGAUACGCCGUCUACAGAUGAACAUACUGACUCACGUCACUAUGGAGGACACGGGGAUAUAUUAUGAGAUACACCGGAGAUUAAAUAUCCCAGAAAAUAUAAUUAAGGGUAAAGAUGAAGGAGAAGAAUUUCUAACGGAACUACGAAGAGAAGGGGAGGCUGUACAUUACAGAGAAAGAUCACAGGACAGUGUAGAUCACGUGACGUGGCUCUGGAGAUACAAGUUAGAUGCGAGACCUGACAUCGUGAGAUCCUGUAUAGGUCUACAUCCACACUGGGACAUCUAUAUCAUCGACAACAAAACCUAUAGAAAACCAAGUAAAAUCCUUGGCUAUCCAACGACAGUGAGAUGUCUACUGUAUUGUUUACUUAUAUCUGAUAAAUAUCGGAUUAGUUUCAUUGAACAAUCACACAAAAUCACAAAGGACAAAAUCAGACAGAGGUAUUUCCCUGAUAUAUCUGCUGACGGCUCGGUAGAUCCCCCUGAUAGAAUCACAGAAACACGUGACGGUGAGAUAACCUUUAUAUCAGACAAAAUCCGACAUGACGUCAUGUACGCCUUUGUUACGGAGUGUCUGGUGGAAGACAGUGAUCUGGAGUUUUUCCUGACCACGGCGUCACGUGAUGUGAUAUCAGAAUACUGCAGGUCCUGGAAGUAUGAGAGGAGUGAGGGAGAGAGAUGUCUGUAUGUACCGGAUAAGCCGGAGAAGAUGUACGACCUCUUCAUAGACAGUCUACAGCUGGACAUCAUCACACACUGUACCGUGUCUGACAGGAGGAUUCAUGACAGGAUCAGUAAACGUUUGAAAAUACCCGGAGAAGUACUGUUUUGGGACAUAGAAGCAAGAAAAAGGUUCGUCAAAAUUUCAAGUCAAGGCAGUGUGAACAUGUGCCGUGCCAGAGGAAUGAUAGUGGGAUGCGCAGGCGCAGGAAAAACGACUCUUCUUAGAAGACUUCAAAGGGAAAACAAAGAAGAAAACAAACAACCAACAGAGACAACCGUCGGUCUUGAUAUCCACGAGGAUUUGUUUGAAAUUAAAGAUGACACAUUAAUAGAUUUUGAUAAAAAUAGAACCCAAUCAGAGAAGACUUCUAACAGCACAGAUGGAAGACAACUUAUAAGUAUGACAGACUUCGCUGGACAAGUAGCGUAUUACGCGUGUCACCAGAUUUACCUCUCCAGAAGAGCCUUUUAUCUCGUGGUGGUUGACAUGUCUAAAGAUCUGGAGGAAAAAGCUAUAUCAUACGACACUGACAGACACAACCCCAUAGGAUCUUUAUUUCAUAACUGGACAUUUGCAGACUACUUUUUGUUUUGGCUGCAAUCCAUUAAAACAUACUGUGAGGAUGGAAAAUCUAAAAGAAGUCGAUAUGGUGAAACCAAGGCCACCCCUGUUAUCCUGAUUGCCUCUCAUCAUGACUGUGUAAAGAAGAAGGUAACCACGGAAAGUAAAACUGCAUUCUACGAUACACUACAGAGAUCCUUGCCUUGUGAACAUACAUUGAGUGAUCACAUUUCACCCGCACGUUACUACGAGAUUGAAUGUCCACUAGGAGAACUGAAUGGGCACCAGGAAGAAGCAAUAGAACAAGUCAGAAAUUGUAUUGUUCAUACGGCAAAAAGUCUUCCACAUUGGGGUGAAAAAAUUCCACAUAAAUGGUCUAUGUUUGAGCUAUUUAUUCAAGAACACAAAAUAGAGAAAAUUUUACACAGAGUAAGCCUAAAAACAGAGCAAGAGUUUAGGUCUCUGGGCGAAAAUGACCUUGAUGAUAUGCUCAGAUACUUUUCGGAGGUAGGCCAGAUAAUCUAUUUCUCGGAAGAGGGUUUGAGAAACAGCAUUAUACUGGACGUCGGUUGGUUUGUAGACGCUUUUAAAAAUAUCAUAACAGACCCUACUCACGCUCGCUCAGCAUGCAGUAGGGUUAAAGAGUGGGACAUUUUUAUGAAGAAUGGAAUGAUUUCAGAUUCAACACUGGUCAAGGUAUGGAGGGAAAACAAAAAGGAAUCGUAUGUUCUUCAGAAGGAACAUAUUAUACCAUACAUGGAGAAACUUGGCAUUCUUGCAAAAAUGAAAACCAAAGAAGUUGAGGGGAAAGACGCAGAAUUGUCAGAGAAUAGACAAGAAUCUUUGUACUACAUCCCUAGUAUCAAUAAGACAGACUUCACAACAAAAGGCUUUCAUGUCUUCAACAACGGAUAUAAAACUCCGAUUUUGGUGUUUUCUUUUAAAACAUUUAUUCCACAUUUCUUUUUCUUUAGACUUGUUGCAGUAUGCUUUUCCAGGUGGGAAUUGCUAAGUGAAGACCUACUCUUCAAAAACGUUGCUUUUUACAAGGAAAAAGGUGAUGACAUUAACAUUGCAAUUGCAGUCAAUAAAACAUCAAUUCAAUUGCAAGCGUUCACUCCAGAUAAGAAUAUCAUCCUGGAAAAUACAGGUACGAAAAAUAUCAGAAUUCAAAUUGAACAAAUGCUUGAGGAGCUUACCACAACUUUCCAUCACCGAGUUUUCUAUGAAGUUGGGUAUCCGUGUAGAGAUAUAAAUAUCACUGAAGAAGAUGAGCAUUGCUUCUUAUCAGAGAGAACCGUCGCCGAACUGAAAACGAAUGAAAGAGUUUGCCCAAAUUUUAGAAAACAGGAUCAUAAAGAGCAUCAGAUUGUACGUGAUGACCUGUUGCAUUAUUGGUACACGGGAGUUGAUAGCAGAGCCCAGUCUUCUUGAUGUUUGGCCUAAAAGAAAAUGAUUGUUAAAAGAAACAGUUCAAAUGUACCAAGCAAACUCUAUUUUCAAUUCUCUUAUUAAUUCUUUUACACGCUGGUGGUGUUUCUAAAUAUGUAUUGAUAUAAAUAUUAAUAUGUGUUGAAUUAUUUGUGCAUUCAUCUGCUGAGUUUGACAUAAAAAGUAACAGGAUUAAACUCGUCCACUCAGUCAACUGAAAAUCUACUGAAAGGUCACAUGUAGUUGGGGAAAAAAUUUCUACCAUUCAAUGACUAUUUCCAGGCUUUUCAGUGAUCAAUUAGUAAAGUAAUUGAAUAAAGAGGGUUUUUCCUGUAAAUCAGGUUAUGCAAUAGAUGAAUGAUUAUUUUUCUGAUCAUACAAGCAUUACUAUGGUUGCUUUAUUUAAUGCAUAUAUUAGUGUUAACUACGUAUAACAAUAUAAAAUAGAUGGAUAUAUCUAAAAAUAUUAUAAGUACAUGUACUGUAAUUGAGAUUAUAUCCAACCCCAUUUAUU